AUGUCUGUGGAAGAAGCUUUUUCCAAGCUUUGUUUGAGCGAGAAACCGGCGCAAGAUGCAACCGCUGUGAAAUCGUUAGUGUUCAAGCCAAAGACUGCUAAGACUGCUACCCCAAUUCCUAUUAUUGUUGUAGCAUUGCAAUCUACUAGUACUCCUUCGCCUCUACUUGCUCAGGCUACAUCUUUGAAAGAUCCAAGAUUAGCUCGCGAUGAGUUGUUCCAAUCAUUUUUCAAGUGCGACUCUGCUAAGAAGUUUACGCUUGCUUACAUCGGCAAUGCCGAGUCUGAAUUUCGUUUGCUGGUUGACAAUCAAUUAGAAUCUCUUGAGGACUCUACUGUGCUACAAUUGAACGAAUCUUUGUUCAUCAAGAAGAGCGAGUUGACUCAGUUUUUGUCGCAAUUUGAAUCCAAUAAGCAGUCUGUGGAUUUUACUCAGGAAGUCGCUAAGCCAGCCCCUAAGGCCAAGGAGGCCACUGCUGUUUCCAAUGCAGCUUUGGAAGAUGCCAAAUUGAUUGGUAUUACUGUUGAUAAGGCAUUGGAUUUCUCCGGAUGGUAUCAACAAGUCUUGACCAAGGGUGAAAUGCUGGAUUAUUACGAUGUUUCUGGUUGUUAUAUUUUAAGACCUCCAUCCUACUCGAUUUGGGAACAAAUUCAGAGAUGGUUUGAUGACAAGAUUAAAGGUUUGGGUGUCCAAAACGCUUACUUCCCAAUGUUCGUCUCCUCUCGUGUGCUAGAAAGAGAGAAGGAUCACAUCGAAGGUUUCGCCCCAGAAGUCGCAUGGGUCACCAAAGCUGGUAAGUCCGAGUUGGAAGAACCAAUUGCGAUCAGACCUACCUCUGAGACUGUCAUGUACCCUUACUACGCUAAGUGGAUUAGAUCUUACAGAGAUUUGCCAUUGAAAUUGAACCAAUGGAACUCUGUGGUUAGAUGGGAAUUCAAACACCCUCAACCAUUCUUGAGAACUAGAGAAUUUUUGUGGCAAGAAGGUCACACUGCUCAUUUGACUGUUGAGGACGCCAAAGAGGAAGUCUUAAACAUCCUUGACUUUUACGCUGGCGUCUACGAAGAGUUAUUGGCUGUUCCAGUGGUAAAGGGUAAGAAGACCGAGAAGGAAAAGUUUGCCGGUGGUGAGUUCACUACUACUUGCGAAGGUUACAUUCCACAAACUGGUCGUGGUAUCCAAGGUGCUACUUCUCACCACUUGGGUCAAAACUUCUCCAAGAUGUUCAACGUCUGCGUGGAAAAUCCACUAGGUUCUGAACAUCCAAAACUAUUUGUUUAUCAAAACUCAUGGGGUUUAUCCACUAGAGUGAUCGGUGUCAUGGUAAUGAUUCACUCUGAUAACAAGGGUCUUGUCAUCCCACCAAGAGUUUCACAAUAUCAAGCUGUGGUUAUCCCAGUGGGUAUCACCAAGAAGACCACCGAUGCUGAGCGCAGUAACAUUCAUGCAUCUGCUAAGGCAUUGGAGGAUCGUUUGAAGAAGGCUGGUGUGAGAGCAUUCGGUGACUACAAUGACAAUUACACUCCAGGGUGGAAGUUCUCUCAAUACGAACUGAAGGGUGUGCCAGUACGUAUUGAACUAGGUCCAAAGGACAUUGAAAAGGGACAAGCUAUCGUGGUUCGUAGAAACGACGCCCGUAAAUACACCGUCCAAUUGGAUGAAUUGGAGACUCGUAUACCAGAAAUUUUGGAAGAAUUGCAACAAGAUUUGUACUUGAGAGCCAAGGAAUUAUUCGACACUCACAGAGUUAUCGUUGAAGACUGGAAGGACUUCGUUCCAAACUUGAACAAGAAGAACGUCAUCAUAUCCCCAUGGUGUGGUGUGAUGGAAUGUGAGGAAGAUAUCAAGGACUCAUCAGCAAAGAAGGAUGAUGGCGAAGAACUUGAGCAAGACGACAAGGCUCCUAGUAUGGGUGCCAAGUCUCUAUGUAUCCCAUUUGAACAACCAGAAUUGAAGGCUGGCCAAAAAUGUGUCAGAUGUGACCGCGCAGCAAUCGAAUACUGUAUGUUUGGUCGUUCCUACUAA